AUGCCGGCAUCCCUGGGCGUGCUAAGUGUUGGACCCAUCCAUCUACUCAUCCAUUUAUCCGUCCAUCCAUCGAUCCAUCCACCCACCCAUCCAUCCAUUUAUCCAUCUGUCCGUCCUUCCAUCCAUCCAUCCAUUUAUCCAUCCAUCCAUCCAUCCAUCCAUCCACCCAUCCAUCCACCCAUCCAUCCAUCCAUCCAUCCAUCCAUUUAUCCAUCCAUCCACCCAUCCAUCCAUCCAUCCAUUUAUCCACCCACUCACCCAUCCAUUUAUCCAUCUAUCCUUCCUUCCAUCCAUCCAUCCAUUUAUCCAUCCAUCCAUUUAUCCAUCCAUCCAUCAUCCAUCCAUCCAUUUAUCCAUCCAUCCAUUUAUCCAUCCAUCCAUCCAUCCACCCAUCCACCCAUCCAUCCAUCCAUCCAUCCAUCCAUCCAUUUAUCCAUCCAUCCAUCCAUCCAUCCAUCCACCCACCCACCCAUCCAUCCAUUUAUCAUCUAUCCUUCCUUCCAUCCAUCCAUCCAUUUAUCCAUCCAUCCAUCCAUCCAUUUACCCAUCCAUCCAUUUAUCCAUCCAUCCAUCCACCCAUCCAUCCAUUUAUCCAUCCAUCCAUCCAUCCAUCCAUCCAUUUAUCCAUCCAUCCAUCCAUCCAUUUACCCAUCCAUCCAUUUAUCCAUCCACCCACCCACCCAUCCAUCCAUUUACCCAUCUAUCCUU